AUGGACCGGCUCAUUUCUUCUUCCCUUCCUAGCUCCAGCAAAUCAUCCCACAAACAAGCACAUCAAAAACGAUCAAACAAUCAUGAGGUAGACGCUUCUUUACAUUCCAUCUUACCCCGCACUCAACUCCCUUCUUCCUUACAUCUAUCCCUAGACAGUGAUCCUCCUCCCACCGCAUCUUCCAACCCACAAAGAUCGGCAAAUGCCUCUUCCAGAUCGAACAUCACUGAUCACUCUCAUCAAUCUAGAAAAGAAUCCGUGAAGAAAGCGACCCCCAAUGCUGCCGUCCCACCUCAUAUAGCCCGUAUCCCCGACAAAAAGCUACGUGCAAGGGUGUACAAACAAGAUCUUUCUGCUAAAGUCGCCAGGAAAGAGAGACAAGAAGUAGAUGAAUGGAUAAACGCCCCUCUUGCUGGAGGAGCGGGAGGUAUAGAGGUUGAUGAAGAGGAAGGUGAGAGGACUUGGAGGGUUGGACAAGGAGAGAUCGUUCAGGAGGUAGGGGUACAAAGUGGUAGAAAACGAUGGGACUUGAAAUUGGAGGGAAUGGGAGAGUAUAAGGUGGAUUAUACCAGGAAUGGGAGACAUCUGGCUAUAGCUUCUAGUCUCGGACAUGUGGCCACAUUCGACUGGCAGAGUGGUAAACUUCAUUCGGAGAUACAAUUGCGAGAGUCCGUCAGAGACAUCAAGUUCUUACAUUCCGAAGCGUUUUAUGCUGUGGCUCAGAGGAAGUAUGUAUAUAUCUACGAUCAAGAUGGAGUGGAAGUACACAAGUUGAAACAACAUACUGAUCCGACUCAUUUGGAGUUUUUACCGUAUCAUUAUCUGUUGGUCUCCGUCGGCCACGCGGGCUACCUCAAAUAUCACGACACCUCCACCGGAAUCCUUCUCACUCAAAUUUCCACUCGUCUCGGUUCUCCACCUUCCAUUACACAAAACCGUCAAAGCGCUAUCAUUCACCUCGGUCAUUCCAACGGUACCAUGACCCUCUGGUCCCCCAAUCUUACCACUCCUCAUGUCAAACUUCUUGCCCACCGUGGUCCAAUAACAUCCAUAGCUGUCGAUCCCUCUGCUUCAUCGGCAGGUCGAUACAUCUCCACAUCCGGUCUUGAUGGUGAAGUCAAAUUAUGGGAUGCUAGAAUGUGGGGAAAACAAGUCCGAUCUUGGAAAAUGCACAACUCCCCCACUUCUUUAUCAUAUUCCGAUAGAGGAGUCUUAGCGGUAGGUGGGAAAUCAGGUGUAACAACAUUUAGAGAUGUGAUAGCGGAAGGAAACAGACCUUAUCUCACCCUUCCUCUUCCUUCUCUCACAGCCAAUUCUGUGAGGUUCUGUCCUUUUGACGAUGUACUCGUGGUGGGUCAUCAGAAAGGGGUUUCUAGUCUUUUGGUUCCAGGAGCUGGAGAACCAAACUUUGAUUCUGCCGAGGCGGACGUGUUUGAGACAUACACCAGAAGAAGGGAGAGAGAAGUGAGAGGUGUUUUGGAAAAGAUAAGACCGGAAUUGAUCACUCUUGACACGGAGUUUUUGGGUAAAGUGAGGGAUGAGAAGAAGGGUACUUUUGCGGAAAGGGAAGCGAGAAGUUUCAGACAGUUGAGUAGGAGAGAGAGGUUGAAGUUGGAAGGGAAAGCGGAUGAGGACGAGGGUCAAGUGGAGGAAGAUGAUGAGAUGGAAGAUGAGGAUGAUGGGGAAGAAGGUGGAGGAAGUGGGAGUGAAGGGAAAGAAAGGAAGAAGAAGAAAAUGAGGGGUAAAGGAGGAAGUAUGAAACGAUACUUGGCCAAGAAACGAAAGAAUGUCAUUGAUCCUUCUCUUCUUGCGAUGCGCGCAAAGGUCGCAGCUCAAAAACAAGUGGAAGAAUCUAAGAAACGUUCUGCGAGUAAGGAGACGGGAGCUUUAUCGCGAUUUGGAUAG